AUGACCGACGCCAGUCUGCCCCAGUGCGCGUCCACCGCGCGUUUCCAUGAGAUGCUGCUGGAUGGCACACUACUGCGCGAGCAUGAGGUGCUUGCGCUUCAGGCCAACCGUCGACUGCGUGGCAAGUACCAAGCGCUGAGAGCUUGUGAUGCGGCCUUCAACGCUAUGCUGGACGUGCGCAAGCCAGCUGCCGAGCCAGCUACUACUACUACAGACGACGCCACUGCCUCAGAUAUACGACCGCAGAAGCGGCCGCAGCUGGUGUACGCCGAGUACGUGGGCUGUGUCGGUCGCGCGCUGUGUGAGCAGCCGCUGCUGCAGUGGGUUGCCUGUGUACAGUCGGUACGAGAACAGCAAAAGGAGAUUCGGGACUGUGCAAUGGCCAAGAGAAUGCUGGAGCGCUGUCUACGUGGCGAGACAGAGGAGCUGCUCAGGGCCUCGCAACCGCAAGUGUUUCGACCCAGCGCUGCCCUGUAG